UCAAGCUGCAAUUCGAGAACCCCACAUGGCUCUCUAUAAGACUAUAAAACGCGUCGCUCACUGCCUACAAUAGUAAACAUUCUCAUAAAAAUGGUUUCGCCAUUGUCCAGCACCGGAGUCCAGGUCGAGAACCUCGAGUUCCCGCCAGCGGCGAAGCCUCCGGGCUCCACCAAUACCUUGUUCCUCGGCGGCGCAGGGGCAAGGGGAUUGGAGAUUCAAGGGAAGUUGGUGAAGUUCACGGCGAUAGGUGUGUACUUGGAGGAUACCGCCGUGCCCUCGCUCUCCGUUAAGUGGAAGGGAAAGAGUAGGGAGGAGCUGACGGAGUCCGUGGAAUUCUUCAGGGACAUCGUUACAGGUCCCUUUGAGAAGUUCACACGUGUGACAAUGAUUUUGCCGUUGACGGGUCAGCAGUACUCAGAGAAGGUCUCAGAGAAUUGUGUCGCCUUUUGGAAAUCUGUCGGAAUUUAUACUGAUGCAGAAGCCAAAGCCAUUGAAAAGUUCCUUGAGGUCUUCAAGGACGAGACUUUCCCACCUGGCUCCUCUAUAUUAUUCACUCAAUCACCCAAUGGAUCACUUACGAUUAGCUUCUCCAAAGAUGGGUCCCUGCCUGAAAUUGGGAAUGCAGUGAUAGAGAACAAAUUGCUUUCAGAGGCAGUUUUAGAGUCAAUUAUUGGGAAGCAUGGUGUUUCUCCAGAAGCAAAGCAGAGUUUGGCUGCAAGGUUGGCAGAGUCAUUGAAAGAUAACGAUGAUAAAGUGGUCGGAAAUGGGAAAUAAUUGGAAACUGAAAAGGUUGCUGAAGAGAACAAAAAAAAAAAAAAACCAGUGGAGUUAGAGGGAAAUGACGUACAAGGUUGUCGAUCAAGUGAAUACAGCAAAUCACGGGUUGGUUUGGCAAAUCUUUUCUAAUGGGCUUUGGUUUUUAUUUGAAAUAAAUGUGAAAGUGUUUUGUAUUUUGAGUUAUUUGAUAAUGAGCAAGAUUAAUGUCA